AGCCACACGGGAGCAGGGGAGACGGUCGGUCCCCCCACCGGCCCCAGCGCCACUUUAACCGGGGUGGUCCAGCCCUCAGGCGCGGCCUCCGGGUGACGGGGAGCCCCGGGCCCCGGCCUCGCCGCCGUCUGGCCCCGGGCAGGCGGCAGCCCGGACCCUUUUCCCUGAAACACCUCCUGGGCCCUGGCAACCAUCGCGCCUGGUAACCGGGCUGCGGGGCCGGGCCGGCCGAGGCGCAGGAUGAAGCAGGCGCUGGUGGACGAUACCGAGGAUGUGUCCCUCGACUUCGGCAGCGAGGAGGAGCUGGCGCUGCGGAAAGCAAAGAUCAGGCACCCACUGGCCACCUUUUUCCACCUGUUUUUCCGAGUGAGUGCUAUUAUUACCUACUUGUUCUGUGACUGGUUCAGCAACAGCUUUGUUGCCUGUUUUGUCACUAUUCUGCUCCUUCUAUCCUUUGACUUUUGGUCAGUUAAGAAUGUGACAGGAAGACUCUUGGUUGGUUUGCGUUGGUGGAACCAGAUUGAUGAAGACGGGAAAAGCCACUGGGUGUUUGAAGCAAGAAGGGUGCCUACAAGAGCUGCCUCAACUGAAGCUGAAGCUCGAAUCUUCUGGCUUGGUCUCAUUAUCUGUCCAGUUAUUUGGACAGUGUUUUUCUUUAGCACCUUGUUCUCCUUGAAGCUGAAAUGGCUGGCUCUUGUGAUCGCCGGGAUCUCCCUUCAGACCGCUAAUUUAUAUGGCUACAUCCACUGCAAAUUAGGGGGACAAAAAAGCAUCAGCAGAGCAACAUCAAGUUUUUUUGUCACAGCGGACGCUCCCAACAGACAGGCAGGGAGACUCUCAGAAGACCACACUGAAGAACACGGGAAGACUAGCACCAGAUAAUCAAAUAAGGAAGAGCAAGACAGAUGAGAAGUAAAAUUACUCAUUUAUGAAAGCUGUUCUUCAUAAGAAGAUAUUUAAGCAUAGAAUUACACCUGCAUGAAAUAAUGAUUGUGUCAUUUGUGUUUCAGUCUUUAGAUUCUGAAAGGUUUUGAGUCUGUUAUUUAAAAAUUUCAUCAAAGAGCAGGCUGUAUAAGCAUAAACGCCAUGCUGAUGUUUAUACAGAGCACACUUCAUUAAGAAAAAUAUAGGCCAACUCACCUGAAACUGCUGGAUUAUCUUAAUGAAGAAUUAGAACAUAAUCAAAGGACGAUGCUAUUUGUUUAACUGUGGAGCUACAAUAAAGAAAAUCAAAGUGCCGUUCCCUCUUGUGCACAAUACUGAUUUAUCAAAGCUUCGUUUCCUCAAUAAAAAAAAGGAACUACAAUCACAAA